AUGGAGACAAAAUCUCAUACAAAUGGAGUUGCUAAUUCUCUACCUGUAAAUACUGGUGGUGGUAGUCAAAAUCCUCAAGAUCCAGCGUCUCACAGUAUGCAGUCCCAAGGUCGCAAACCAGGGCAGUCACAAAUUCUUCUAGCGAACCAGUCUCAAGUACGGCAGCAGCUGUUUUCCCAGAAUAUUCAGUGUUGUGUCGGAGAUUCUGGAAUCCAAGCGUCCGUGGCAUUGUCAUCUGCAUUGCCUUCAGGGGCCAGUCUCACUCAGUUCUCUAUGCCCAAUGCCGUUAGUCAGGGAUCCAACAUGCAGUCUGGAAUGUCACAGAAUUUUUCUGGGAAUCUAGUUGGUGAAGGAGGUGUAGCAUCGAAUAUGUUUGCUAACUCAACAAGGCAGAUGCAAGGAAGGAAGCUUCCACAACAGACCGCUUCUCAACAACAGCAGUCUCUAAGUUCGCAGCAGUUUUUGUAUCAGCAACAACACCUUUUGAAGCAGAAGCAGCAGCAGCAACAGCUACAAGGAAACAUUCCCUCCAUAAUGCAGUCACACAUGCAGCAACAACCGCAGCUACAACAGCAAAAUCCAAUACAGUCAACUCAUCUGCAAUCUACUUUACAGACUCACAUGAAAAUGUCAUUUGGUCUUCAGCCAUGCCAAUCCACUCUUCAACGGACUUGGCCCUUUGCGAUGCAAUCAUCUUCAGGUCUUCAACAGAAACGGCAGCCCGCCUUUGCACAGUCCACACCAAAUGUUCAACAACAUCCACAAAGUGUCAUCAGGCAACCACAGCAACAGUCUCAACAGUCUAUGCACCAACAAGCUCCUGUUCUGCAUCAGCAACAGCAUCCAGUUUUGCCUUCACAGCAGCAAAUAAAUGCCCCAAACUUGCAACAGAAUCAGUUAAUUGGGAAACAAAACGAUGUAUUGAAUAUGCAGCAAAGGGGGUUGGUAAACCAACAGACUAAUGUCACAAACAUGCAACAAUAUUUACUUGGAAAUAAUAUCCCUUAUCAGCAGCAGCUAGGUCAACAAAGUAACAUGUCAGGGUUACAGAAGCAGCAACAGCAGCCAAUGCAUACCAUGCAUCAGCAAGGAGGAAAGGCGCAGCAACAACAAAAUGCACAGGUAUCACCAAAUAUGUUACAAUUCCAAGGGAAACAUGCACAAUCCCAACCAGCACAACAACUUAUGUCUCAGCAUCCAUCUCAAACAACGCAAAUGCAUAAGCAAUUGGGAUUGCAGCAACAACCAAAAUCAUUGCAAAGCUAUAUGCAACAAAGGAUCCAGACAUCUGGUGGCUCGAUGCUCAACCAUCAAAGUUUAUUGGACCAUAAGCAAGUGUUCCAUUCACAAACACCACCUCCGGAGGCCUCAUCAACCUCAAUAGAUGCAUUAAUGACAGGAAAUGCAACCGCAACAGGAACUGCCAUCGACAUGCAAGAGGAAGUUUAUCAGACAAUUAAGUCCAUGAGAGAAAAAUACUUACCAGAUCUUAGUGACAUGCGCUGGAAAAUCUCUCAAAUAUGCCAACAGUAUGAUUCUCUUCCACAACCACCAAAGUCUGAGGGAAUCGAGUUGCUCAAAAAUUUCAAGAUCGUGGUGGACAGGAUGAUGGGGUUCUUGAAUCUUCCAAAGAGUAAUGUGAUACCUAGUAUGAAGGAUAAGUUGGAUUCAUAUGAGAAACAGAUUUUGGAUAUUCUGACCUUGCAUCCCCCAAGGAAACCUGGUCCACCCCAGCAACAAAUUCAGCCAACUGGUGGCCACCCACUCUCUAUACAGCAACAACAAGAGCAGCAGCAGCAACAUCAACUGCCCUCAUCAACGUCAAUAGAUGCAGUAAUAACAGGAAAUGCAACCGCAACAGGAAGUCUGGUUGAUGUGCAGGAGGAAGUUUAUCAGACAUAUGAUUCUCUUCCACAACCACCAAAGUGUGAAGAAAUUGAAUUGCUCAAAAAUUUCAAGAUCGUGGUGGAAAAGAUGAUGGGGUUCUUUCUUGCUUUAAUGAUUUUGGUCGAAAAAACCACUUUACAUUGCUUUCAUCGGGCGUCAAUAGAUGCAGCAAUAACAGGAAAUGCGGUCGACGUGCAGGAGGACGUUUAUCAAACAAUCAAGUUCAUGAGAGAAAAAUACUUACCAGAUCUUAACAAAAUGCACCAGAAAAUCUCUCUAAUAUGCGAACAGUAUGAUUCUCUUCCACAACCACCAAAGUCUGAGCAAAUUGAGAGGCUUAAAAUGUUCAAGAACUUGUUGGACCAGAUGAUGGGCUUCUUGAAUCUCCGAAAAAGCAGUGUGAUGCCUAGUUUCAAAGAUAAGCUGGUUUCAUAUGAGAAACAUAUCAUAGAUAUUCUGAACUCGAAUCGGCCAAGGGAACUUGAUGAUUAG